GGAAUGAUGGGUAAAAAUCAAAAUGGUGAUCUUCAGUGUCUACGUUUUGAACAGAGCAGGAGGAUUGAUUUAUCAUUACGACCAUCAUACGCCUAAAAGUGAAGUAGAAAAAACGUUUAGCUAUCCACUAGAUAUUACUCUACGAGGAGAUGAUAAACUUGAAGUGAUAUUUGGAGAGGGUGGUGGCAUAAAAGUUGGUCAUUGUUUAAUCGCCAUCAAUGGAGAACCAGUAGUUGGACGCAAGCUCCCAGAUGGCAGGGAUGCAUCCGAGAUCCUGUCAAAUCCUGACAAUUUUCCAAUCAAUUUAAAAUUUGGUCGUCUGAAGCUGAAAACAAACGAGAGAAUUAUGCUUGCUAGUAUGUUCCAUCCGUUGUUUGCAAUAGCUGUUAAGCUGUCCCCAGAACUGAGAUCAUCUGGUAUAGAAGUUCUUGAAGCUGAUUGUUUCAAACUUCACUGCUUCCAGUCCCAAACAGGUUUAAAGUUUAUUCUUCUAACUGAUCCUAAGCAAAUGAAUACUGAGGGCUUACUACGAAAAAUCUAUGAAUUGUAUGGGGACUUUGCACUGAAAAACCCAUUCUACUCGCUAGAUAUGCCAAUAAGGUGUGAAUUAUUUGACACCAAUUUACAAAGAAUACUUGAUCAAACUGAACGAUCUGGCCUCUAUUCAAGCAAUCCAUCUUUAAGCUGAUGAGAGUGGCCAGUAAAAUAUGAAUAUACAUGAAAUUAGAUUUUGAUUUAAUCAUUGAUAUCAGAAUAAUUAAUCUCAGCCUUACUCUCAGUGUUAAGGGCUCAUACACAUUUUAAUAUGAUUUUAUCAAGUAAUUGGAGCAGUGAUUAAUAUUAUAAAACCAUGCAUUCAGUAAUUACUGAAAUAAUGCCUUUAAUCAUGGAUAUUUUGAAGAAAUAAGAAAUAACUGUGAAAAUACUAUAAUAACCCUAGUUAUAUUUGUAACAUCAGGCCAGUCCUCUGAAGACCUUUUUAUUUCUGUGACAUUUGGGAUCCCUGUGGAUAUAGCAACCCAAAACCACAAAGGAAACAAAAAAUAGCCUGUACAUUGUAAAUACAAUAGCAUGUUGUGUAAAUAAUAAUAAAAAAAUGCAUCUUUAAUGAAAA